GCAAGGCGGCGCAGGGUAACUUGGUCCAGGGUGAUGUCAUUGUCGCUAUUGAUGGUGUCGGCACUGACGGGAUGACUCACCUGGAGGCCCAGAACAAGAUCAAGAUGGCCAAUUAACAACCUGGCGCUCACCAUGACAAGGCGAAGCGUCCCGUUCCGAUGCAAACACCGAGAAUCGACAUCCCUUUUCCCAUGAUCCCUCACCAACAGAUUUUGUCCCCCGCUGCUCCCAAUGCCGGCUUCAACCCCGCCGCGCUCCCCACCCAUAAGCCCAUAGAGGUGAAGGGCCCCGGCGGCAAGGCCACCAUCAUCCACGCCCAGUACAACACGCCCAUCAGCAUGUACUCACAGGACGCCAUCAUGGACGUCAUCGCAGGGCAGACGCAGGGGAUGGGGCAUGACGCUGGUCCUCUCCCAGUUAAAGAUGGUCUUGUAGACUCCCCGGUCUAUCAGGCCGUCCAGAGUGCAGAGAAAGACCAGGACCUGGGUGAAUGGGGCCGACGCAGCGGCGCAGUCAACAUGCAGUCCAAGUCCUUCCGGGUCCUGGCCCACAUGACCGGCACCGAGUCCUUUCCAGGGGAGGAGGAGGAGGAGCAGGAGGCUCUGAGGCGCAGCAGCCCCACUGACCAUGCUCCAGCUUCUGCCGGCUCCGUCCCUGCUGCUCUGGACCCAGCUUCACCUGGCCCCGCCCCUCACAGUCUGAAGCGACAGUCUGCCGCUGGUUACGGCCUCCAGCACAGAGCUGCAGUCUCCAGCCAGUACAGUCAGCCUCCUGCCAUGCAUCAGGCUCCACAAGCCCCUCUGCAGCAGCAGCAGCAGCAGCAGCAGCAGUACCAGCCAAUGCCGCAGCAGUAUCAGCAGCCACCCCCGCAGCAGUAUCAGCAGCCACCCCCGCAGCAGUACCAGCAGCCACCCCCGCAGCAGUACCAGCAGCCACCCCCGCAGCAGUACCAGCAGCCCCACACGCAACAGGCCCCGCCCACUCAGCAGAGCUCCAUUCAGAUCCCUCUUGGCUCCGCCCCUUCCAAGGUGGUCAGCACCGCCUGCAUCUACCCCUCCCAGCCAGCUUCAGCUCCACCUCCGGCUCAUCAUGCUGCUGCCCCGGCUGGCCCAGCCCCGGCUCCAGCUGGUCCCGCCUCCUCUAACCGACCCCCCUGGGUGUCCGACACCAACUUCGCCGACAAGUUCGACCCCAGUAAGAUGACCACCACCACCAUGAAGGUGCAGCCGCUGCCUCAGGGCGCCCCUCCUCCACCAGCAUACAUCCCCAACCCCUCUUCCGCUGCACCUGCAGCCCCCAGCCCCGCCCCUAUCACAGCAAGCCCCGCCCCGUUCUCACCUGUGGCGAGGGGCGUGGCCCAAAGGGCGGAAAGGUUCGCCGCCAGCAGCCGUACUGCUCUGUGUGGGUCCUGCAACAGUGUCAUCAGGGGCCCUUUCCUGGUGGCACUGGGCCGGUCCUGGCACCCCGAGGAGUUUAACUGUCACUACUGCCACAUGUCUCUGGCUGACGUCAGCUUCGUGGAGGAGCAGAACAGCGUCUACUGUGAGAACUGCUACGAGGAGUUCUUCGCUCCGACCUGUGCCCGCUGCAACACCAAGAUCAUGGGGGAAGUGAUGCACGCCCUGCGGCAGACGUGGCACACCACCUGCUUUGUGUGCGCGGCCUGCGGCAAAGCCUUCGGAAACAGCCUCUUCCACAUGGAGGACGGAGAGCCGUACUGUGAGAAAGAUUACAUCGCACUGUUCAGCACUAAGUGUCAUGGCUGUGACUUCCCGGUUGAAGCUGGUGAUAAGUUCAUCGAGGCUCUGGGCCACACCUGGCACGACACCUGCUUCGUCUGUGCAGUUUGCCAUGUGAACCUUGAGGGCCAGCCUUUCUACUCAAAGAAAGACAAACCUCUGUGCAAGAAGCACGCUCACGCCAUCAACGUGUAGACCAACCAGCUGCAGUGCUGCUCCUCUGACCAUCACCGGGAGCCAACGACAACAACUUUUACAAGAUGUGUGUAAACGCUCUGCGAACGCAAAAUACACUUUGUUUUUUUUCUUUUUGUGCAUUAAUAUGAAUGAUUAAAACGCCGCCGCCUGAUGCCCCUGCUUCAAAACAGAAACAAAAACAAAGUCAUGAUGUUUUCUGUUAUCCAUCCAACCCACUUUAUUAUGUUCUUUUAUUUUUUCAUAUGUUUUCUACCAGAAACUACUUGUGUGUUCGAUGUGACCGCUGUGCUGUUUUUUAUAUGGAGUCUGGAGUGUGCCAAAUUUAUUUAUUAGUUAAUAAACGGAUAAAUGUCAAAUAAAUAUUUAUAACUCAAUUGAUAAUGCAACAAUAAUUUAGAAUAAAGACAUUAUUACAUUUAAUAAUUUUGAUAAUUUAGUCAUUUGUAGCUUGGAUUACAUUGCUUUGGACAAAAGCGCCAAAUGAAUAAAUGUAAAAGUCAAUUUUAAUAAUUCACUUUAAAAGUUGAAAUGAAGUUAUUUUAAAAUGCAUAAUUUAAAAGUUUAAAAUUAAUUGCAAUUCCAUUUAAAAAUUAUUUUGACUUUUAAAGAAAAAAUAAGUAAGUAUAAUUAUUACUUGCAAGAUUUAAUAAGGUUUUUUUUUUAUUUUACUUUUUUUACUUUGAGUAUUGUUAUGUUCCCAAUGACAUUUUGAAUUAAUUUCUUUAUCUUUUUUUAUGUAUCAAUUUAAAAAUUAAUGAUAAGAUAUAUACAAAACAUACUGGGAAAUUAGGAUUAUUCCAGUGGCACACUCGGGACUCCAUAAAUUUGAACUGCACAGACCUAGUUUGUCUCCAGAAUAUUGUUCUCAUUAUAUCUUGGACUUGUCUCGGUAAUGUGCCUAUUUUGAUUUAGGCUUUUUUAGGUCUUUUGAAUGUUUUUUUUUCACUUAACAAAACUAACAAAAAUAUUUUAUUAACGUUUGGUUCAGCACUACAAUGUAAAAUAGAAAACAGACUGUAUAGAAACCAAAAUGUCCUCAAAGUUCAGUUCAUUGUUUCUUCAGAACAGCAGAUAUUGUAGAACAGUGAAGCAUCACUGUUACAUUUUAAAAACAGUUUAUUUCCUGCAGCUGUGUAACAAUGAAGAAACCUUAUCUGAACUAUUUCUGACAUGCUGUGAGACUGGCAGUGAAUGUAACACGACCAGGUGUUUCACCGGCCUCAUUCCAGCAGGUUCACCUGUGUGGUCGAAUCUAAAAAACAAGUCUAAGUGCACAAUGAUAGUCUACUGUGGAAGUCCCCAGUCCCACCAGAACAUGACACAGCAAACCCCCUGACAGUCUGAUUGGCCAUCCCUGGAGCCCUGCCUACAAGAGUCAGAAGGUGAUAGGUAGUUGGCUUCAUGGAUGGAUGACUGAACGGGCCUAUUGGGUACAGGUUUGGGGUUGCUGGACUCGAACCUCUGUAUGAAAUGACUGUUUCCAGUGAUUGGAAACUGGAAUAAAACAAUUACGAAAAGACACAAAACAA